CAGUCACAUGACCGAGCUCCGGCGCGCUCCUAGCUCCCGGCUGCGGGGGCUGCGGUGACAUGCUAGCCGAGCGCCCCGGACCGUGGGGGGUCUUUACCCCCUGCCGCCCUCUGCUCCUCCUCCAAUGCCUGCUUCUGCUCCGAGCCCCUGCCGGUUUACUCGGGGAUGAAACCCGCCGGGUAUCCCUGGAGGUCAUCCCCGGACAGACGGACCCCUUAGUCAGCCUGUUGCACAUCCGGGCUGUGGGAGCCAACUCUACAAUUCACUACGUCUGGAGCAGCCUGGGCCCCCCAGCCGUGCUCUUGGUGGAGACAGACACCCCUCACAGUGUGCUGAGAGUCAACUGGAGCUCGCUGCUGUCUCCGGCCCCUGAAGGGAGUGUGGCUGUGCUCCCUGCUGACAGCGUUCGAUUUUCCUCAGCCCUCAUCUUCCCCAGGCUUUUUGAAUUUGAGAGUGCCAACAGUUCGGAAACCAAGGAUGGGUCUCCGGGAAAGCCUUACUCACCCUACCAGCUGGCCGACUUCUCCUGGGAUGAUGUCAACAGCACACUAGACCCCACUAAGUUGAGUGCCGUAUUCCAAGGUCAUCUUUCAAAGGAUCCCUUGGGGACCUUUGCCAAUGGCAGCCUGGCUUUCAAGGUUCGAGCAUUCUCUGCUUCUGGUCAUCCAGCCCAUCUCCCUCGACUCUUGCACACCGCAGAUACCUCUCAGCUGGAACUGGUUCUGUCUGGGGUUGUCCCACGAGGGAACCACUCCCUUUUCGGGCUGGAAGUAGCCACUACGGUUUUGGAUUCUGAAUGCCCCCAGCUCAAGGAGCAGAAAUCCAUCGAUGAUGAAUAUUGCCCUACAGUCUUCCAGUUAGAUCAGCUACUAUGGCAUUCCCCACCAGAAGGCUUCUUACAGUGGCGGCCAGUAGCCUUCUCACAGAAGCAGCCAACUUGGAAAACAGCCCUACCCUGCCAAGUAACCCCUCCUAGUCCUGCCUCGGCUACCCAGCUUCUCCAGUCACCUAUCAUCAGAGCUUUCUUCGGCCCCUCCGUUAACUUCUGCACCUUCAACCUGACAUUUGGAGACUCUACUGGUCCUGCCUAUGGGGACCAGCGCUACCUCAGUUGGUCAGCUAUCUUGGGCGUAGGAGUCCCUCCAGUGGAAUCCUUCUCACCUCUUGCCCUAGGAAUCAUGGCAAUGGUUCUGGGAGCCCCUGGACUUCUGCUGGUAGGAGGUGGUCUGGGCCUUCUGCUCCUGCGACAUAGGCGCUACUCAGAGUAUGAACCAAUCAACUGAGAUCUCGGCCUCCCCUGCGUGCCUUUCUAGAUCUUCCUCCCUACACCAUAUGUGAGGGUGAGAACAAGGAUUCACUUGGAAUAAGGAAGAAAGGACCUCCUGUUCCCUGUUUCACUUUUCUGCACCCUGGUCUUCAUCUUAACGCCAAUAUCCCUCACUCCUUUCCUUUUUUUUAAUGGAACCUUCAAACCUCAGAUUCUUCUGGUCUCUCCUGGGCAAGGGGACAGCGGGAGAACCGGUUAAUGACAAAAUGAGGAUGGGGCACUUAACUUCUAGACUAAUACUGGCCUUCUUGAAUCUCUUUCCCCCAUUCUUUUCUAAUAUUUAGAUUGGGAGUGUGAGCUUUUAUACCAGGAUCAAAGUAUUAAUUAUUGUUAUAAUCCCUGAUCUUUGGGUUUCUAGAAGGGUAAAAAUGAAAUAUGUACUUAUUUUUUUGAUCA